UGCCUACCUCCAACAUCUUGUAAUACAGGUGUGCAGAUGGCCGAGGGCAAGACCAGAGUGACGGUUUGAGUUUGCAGUGUGGUCUCCAAUAUCACAUAUUUUACUUUAAAAUGACGUCAGAUGGGUGUCAGCCGAAGUAGGACUGGCAGGUUGUUAUUCAGUCUGCGAGAGGAACGGAAAGGCACGGAGAUAUAGCACGGUGUGAUAAUAUUGCACUCUCUCUCUUCAAAUGACAAGUGCUUAUUUUUCCCUAUACCGCUUACCACGCGCAACAUCUCGCGCUGACGCGCUCACAGACUCUCUUCCAAAAUAACCCGUUCUCUCACCUAGUCUCCUGUUUCUUUUUUAACAUUUUAAACUAUUACUUACAUUCAUUUAUUCAGAGAUGUGCGAAAUGUGGAAUUUUGGCCAACGGUGACCUAUCAGCAUUUCGAAAUUCUUCGGCGCAUCUUUUCGGGAUUGACUGUUAUAACCGUCCAAGCUGGGUAUAUUUCCUGAUGUUUUGCUAUGCUCUGCUUCUCAAUAAUGUAGAAAAGUGCGUGGUCAUUUUCAGCGCCGAAUCCACUGAGGAUGCCAACGAAUCACCUUGCCUCUCUGGUGUUCUUUUUCAUAGCUUUUUGACUGUCUAGUGGAGUAAAUUCGAUGAUUUAUAUAAAGACAAAGUUUGACCGACACAAGUGGUCAGAGGACACCUUUUGGUAAAGCACAGUGGACCACCUGUCCACGGACUCGGUGCGUCCUUAUCAACCUUAUCAAAUUAUUGGGAAGAUAAUUGCCAAGUUAGAAUAAACAAGCAGCGUCAAAGAUAUUUGCAUAUUCUCUCCUUUGGUGGUGUAAUAUCAGGAUUGACAUCAUAUAUGGAGUAAUUGUAUAUGCGCAAUGUUGAAGGAUAUAGCCUUAGAAUGUUUGCAUUAAUGACAUUUGGAGUAAGGUUCGUCACUUGAGUGUAUUAGCCACUAUCGACUUUUGUGGAAGCCAUCUAAAUGGGAGAAUACCUGAAGAACUGACUCGAAAUUGUUGUCGAGAAAAUGUGGAUAAAACGGUGUAUUGCACGCAGUCAGAUGUCGGCUUUACGGCCGGGGAGCUGUGUAGGGCUUCGGGUGUGGAUCCUCUUGGCCAUGACCCACCUCACCCUGGAUUUCUCCCUGUGUAGCCCCCUCAGUCAGGGCCUGGGGAUCAAGCUCAUCCACAAACCUGUGCCUCGUCCCCGGCCCCGCUCGGCGCCCCUCUGGGAUACUCCCAACAUGCUCUAUUGGAGGACAGUGAGGCCGCUGGCGCGCCGGCUCCUCAACCCCGUCCCACCGCCAGACAAUAUGGGAGGGCCAGGGCCAAAGUUCAGGGGUCAAAAGCACAGGAGACUGGCACAUAAAGGACAGCCAUGUAAGGAGUGCCGGUUGAAAUACACAUCCACCGAGGUGGGGGAUUUGGCAGCGGUGCUAGAUCUUCCCAUGGGGCACAAAACAGACGUGGUGAGGUUGUUACUGAGGGCGAGGAGGCAGCUGAAAUGGGACAGCGAUGACAAAUCUCAGGACGGCAGGACCACGACGGUGGCCGGAUAUAUCGACUGGGGACCCACGGGGACAGAGGACAACUUUGAGAACGGUGAGGGUAAAACGGCGGCCAACUCCACGCUGUCCACCAAGGCCUUGACCACUGCCAUGGCCACAACCACCACCACCACCACCACCAAGAGCCCCCAGAGGACGUUCGCAGUGGUGACCACCCCUCACCCCAGAAGGCUGAGCACCACCAAGGCCAGCGUCAGUCUAGGGGAGACUGUCAAACCACCAAAGCCAUAUGGAGACACAUCAGGUCUGGCAGUUCACCAGAUUAUUACAAUCACUGUGUCUCUCAUUAUGGUCAUCGCAGCCUUGAUAACUACACUUGUCCUUAAAAACUGCUGUGCACAGUCGGGGAAUGGCCGUCACAGUAGCCAUCAGCGGAAGAUCCACCAGCAGGAGGAGAGCUGUCAGAACCUGACCGACUUCACACCCGCCCGAGUGCCCAGCAAAGUGGACAUCUUCACCGCCUACAAUGACAGCCUGCAGUGCUCGCAUGAGUGUGUGCGCACCGCCGUGCCCGUGUACACGGACGAGAUGAUCCAGCAGACCCCUAUAUACAAGACCACCUACAAUGGAAAUAGACCUUCUCCCACUGAAAGGCAGCUGAUUCCUGUGGCCUUUGUGUCAGAGAAGUGGUUUGAGAUCUCCUGCUGACCAGCUGAAGUCUUUUUUUACGUCACGUAGGUGGAAUAGACUUCCUGAAUUUAUGCUCUGGACACUUUGGUAAACUUUUCCAACCAAGAGAAAGAAGUGACUCAAACAAUGGCCAAUUUUGUAAGAUAGUGGGAACUCUCUCUCUCUCUCUCUGGACACUGAUGAAGAUAUUUAUUUUUCUAAAAAUUAUGACAAACCGAGCAGCCAUACCGCUGCCACUUCAUAUUAUUAUCCAGAGACCUGUGGUAGUUUAGAUAUGUAGUUAGAGUUAAUGUGUAGCUAUAUUACUGGAUGUGCAGGAGAAGACCAUUGACGUCAGCGACACCUUGAAGAAGACUAGCUGCAUUGGAGAGCUAGGAGACUCUGAGACGCUGCUCACAGUGGAAGAAGCUGAGCUGUAUUACUGAACAAUGUGCCAAUAAUGCCACUAUGUGCCACAAUCUGUACAGAAGGAACUUUCGACAACAAUUUAUGGACAACUAAAAUAUUGCUAUAUUGACUCUAUCAACCCAACUCCAUCUUUUUUUUUAAAGAAAAGUGAACAAAAAAAAUGUUAAGUAUUUGAAUAUCUUUUCUGAUGUAGUUUUAAGAAUUGUGUUGCAAAGUCCCAAAAAUGUUUAUUAUAUGAAGCACUAUUCAUUGAGGCCAAGAAAAAAAAAAGAAUAAUGGUAAAUGCUUUAUCCAACACUUACAUUUAAGGCAUUGUUUAAGGUCCCAUUUUAAAACCAGAGUAGUCUGACC